CUACCUGAGUUUCGGGAAGGGAGUCGAAAAGGGGUGGCCUGAACUAAUGGGGACAAGAUUAUCAGAAUUGUUCUCGCAUGAUAAGAAGUAUACAAAGUAGCCUACUUCCUGGUCACAUUCAACUGCAGAUUGAAAGCAUGGCGGUGACCCCACGGCGUGUUCGGCUAAAGCCCUGGCUAGUGGCCCAGGUGGACAGUGGGCUCUACCCAGGUCUGGUGUGGAUCGAUCGAGACAACAAGCGCUUCAGGGUCCCCUGGAAACACGCUACGCGCCACACCCCCCAGCAUGAGGAAGAGAACACAAUCUUUAAGGCCUGGGCAGUGGAGACAGGAAAGUUCCAGGAGGGUAUUGAUGACCCUGACCCUGCCAAGUGGAAAGCCCAGCUCCGCUGUGCCCUCAACAAGAGCAGAGAGUUCAACCUUGUCUACGAUGGCACCAAAGAAGUCCCCAUGAACCCCCUGAAGAUCUACGAUGUCUGUGACAUCCCACAGCCCCUCAGUAACCCAGGAUCCUCAGACUCUGGGUCCUGGACGCUGAAUGACUGUGAUGAAGAUGAACCAGAUACUCCAGAGCCCCUUCCUCCUUAUCCAACAUCCAAUGGUACCAGCCCCACUCUAAUGUGGUCUCCUCCGGGGUCAGUAUCGCCCCUCCACCCCCCCAGCUGCCCCCCAUCAGUUGAAGUGUGGCCCAAAGAGGAGGUUAAGCCGUGGCCAAAAGAGGAGCCUUUGGAUGUGGAGAUGCAGCCCUCCCCUGAGGAGAUGGCGCCCCCUCCUCCACUUGACAUGCCUUCCCCUUCCAUGCCUGACAUGAUGUUUGCCUCCCCAGAGAUGUGGAUCAGCUCCUUGCCCAUGACAGACCUGGAGGUGCAGUUCCAGUACCGGGGUAAGGAGGUGUGUCCAGCCAUGACAGUCAGUAAUCCCCAGGGCUGCAGGCUGUUUUACGGGGACCUGGGCCCCAUGGUCAACCAGGAAGAGCUGUUUGGCCCUAUCAGCCUGGAGCAGCUGAGGUUCCCCUCUACCGAGCACAUCGCCAACGACAAGCAGAGGGUCUUCACCAACCGCCUGCUGGACGUCAUGGACCGAGGCCUCAUCCUGGAGGUCAGUGGCCAUGACAUCUAUGCCGUCCGCCUCUGCCAGUGCAAGGUGUACUGGUCAGGCCCCUGUGCACCCAACCCCAAUGCACCCAACCUCAUAGAGAGGCAGAGGAAGGUUAAGAUGUUCUGUCUGGAGUCGUUUCUCAGCGGUGUAAUAGCCCAUCAGAGGGGCCAGUCUGCCAGCCUUCCUCAGUUCGACAUCAACCUGUGCUUUGGAGAGGAGUGGCCUGACAGCAGACCCAGGGAGAGGAAGCUCAUCAUGGUGCAGAUCAUCCCUGUGGUAGCACGUAUGAUCACUGAGAUGUUCUCAGGUGACUGCAUGCGCUCCUUCGACAGCGGCAGUGUGCGCCUGCAGAUCUCCAUCCCGGACAUCAAGGACAACAUCGUUACCCACCUGAAGCAGCUGUACCGCCUGCUGCAGACCCACCAGGGCCAGGAGGGCUGGCCUCAGGCUCUGCCCCUGGGGGCUGGCAUGAGCCUGCCCCAGGCCCUGCACGCCCAGUGAAGCUACCCAGUCCACCAUGGCCCUACCAGGCCAGUCAGUCUCAUACACAGCUCUGUCUGGACACUGUCUCCUUACUGCUGUCUCUACUGCUGGGUUAUGUGGAGACCUGUAGUCAGCAAGCUAGUACUUAUGUUUGUAGAGGCGUGUUAAUCCGAAUAGGAAAAGGGAGAGGGAUUGCUUCAAUUUAGCCUUUUCCCUUUCUUUUGCUAUUAUGUUCUCUGAGAGGAGCCAUGUGUAUAUAUAUAAGUAAAUGCUGCUAAACAGGCACUGUAAGACUACUACUGUGGCAGUCUGUGAAACAUGGAUAGUGUCUGUCUGCAGUUGUAAAGCCCCGUGGCCUUGUACUCAAUAUGGGCAGAACUGGAGGAGCAUUGGAUGGCAUGAUGGGCAAAAGUCCUGUUAGCUGCAAGGCAACAUUGAACAUAGUCAAUGAGUUACAGGCAUAACCCUUGACCCCAUGUUACAAAAUACCAGUCAGUUAUCAAGCUGUGUCCUGGUCCUUGUUGGUCAUGUCAUUUUGUCUACUACCUGUUUUUAACCCAUGAAGAAUAUGUUUGAGUGCUAAAGCUAGAUAUUUAUAUAUAUUUUUUCUUUUGGAGAAAAAACAUUCAAGUGGUUAAUCCAUUAUGUGAACUUUUAUGAUACACACUUUAAUAGUUAUCUUUCCUUUCUAUUGGUUAUUAUACAUUUGUAUCUCAUCAUGACUGCUGAGAUCCAUUCUAACUGUUCCUGCAAGAUAUAUCCUAUACCCUUUACUGGUUUGUUUAUGCUAAUACUAGUAGAUAAGAUCAGGUCAAGGUAGAGGAUUCGGUGAACCAAAUGGAUUGUUUAUUUUCUGAUAGACCGUAUCACCAUGUAUAGCCUCCAUUUAUAAUUUUAUGGAAUUUAAACCAUUUGUUUUGGUCCAUGAAAUUAAUAUAAGUGGUGUCGCUGCACUUUUGAGAUUAAAUGGAGUCUUAUGCUUAGAUAAAUUAAAUGCUUUCAAUAACUUUUAUCCUAAUGAUUUGUAUUGUUUUUGUUGAAAAAACGGCCAUAACUAGGCAAGUUAUAAUUAUUAUUUUUUUUUUAAAUGAAGGGAAUCCGCAAUGAAAUGUAUUCAGUAAUGAAAAAGGGUUUAACUCAAAUUGACAGUUAUACCUGCAAGUGUUUUAUUCACUGGUAUUUUAUGUCAGUUUUACUGUCUAGUUAUUAAAGUGGUUGUGUGUCAAAUAUACUGACACCAUAUGUAUUUGAUUAUUAUAAAAGGAUGAAACACGUAUGCAUGAACAUGAUGCAGUAACCAUAAAAUGCAUUAGAAAUACAAAUUUACUUCAAGAUUACAUGUUCAAUGGAUGAUAAAUAUCCUUUGCUAUAAUGUUGACUGAGCUAUACAGAAAACAUUUAAAAGUAAAAUGCAAUAAACAUAUUUCCCAAAACCCUCAGUUUUGUCCAGUUCCCAGGUCUUGUCAUAUGGGCCUAUAGCAAUGCUGAGGUAAUGUCAUAGAGAUACUUAUCUGUGCGUUCUUGUAGUACUUGAUAAAGGUCCCACAGCUGUUUCCUUCUUGUGUGGAUAUCGGCCAAUAACAACGUCAAAAUGGCUGCCAAGUGACUACCAGGAACGGAGACCUCAGGAUAAACCAGGGACAACAGCAAUUCAAUCAGUAUCAAGAUAAUAUAGGACUAAAAGCAAGCAGAGCCAAUAAACAUGUUGGAGACAUACAGCAUGAAGACAGUGGGGACAAACAUGGACAUAAAUGUUUCUUCCUAGGUUUUGGCCUUUCAAGGGAGUUUUUCCUAGCCACCUUGCUUCUACACCUGCAUUGCUUGCUGUUUGGGGUUUUAGGCUGGGUUUCUGUACAGCACUUUGAGAUAUCAGCUGAUGUAAGAAGGGCUAUAUAAAUUGAUUUGAUUUGCUAUGCUGGUGCUCUGGGUUUGAUAUGACUAAGAUGAGAAAGUGAAUUGUAGACAUAUUCGGACCUCUCCUAUGGAUGUUGGUUUCCAUCAUACUUUGCUUUAUGUUGCUGUGGUGUGACAUAGCUGGAUGAAUCUGCUCAUCUAAGGGAUGCUCUAGUGAUGAGUUUAUAACACAUUUAUGGACCAAUAAAUAUCAUGGUUAAAAUAGAA